UUCAUGAAUCAUAUAUGGAUGACAUAGAUGGAGAUGAAACCCCUCUGGUUGAGAUUUUUACUGUCAGUGCUGAGAUCACCACCCACAACAACUUUGAGAACAAAACUGCUAAAACAUAUGAGAAUGUCAUUCCUGAUACAUCUGAGAACAUCAUCCCAAAAUCCUCUGAAAAUGUCACCAUCAACACCCCUGAGAACAUCACCAUCAACACCCCUGAGAACAUCACCUUCAACACCCCUGAGAACAUCACCUCCAACACCCCUGAGAACAUCACCUCCAACACCCCUGAGAACAUCACCCCCAACACCCCUGAGAACAUCACCAAAGAUAUGUCUGAGAAUGGCGACCCCAACACUGAGUCUUUAGUUAAACUAGAUAUGCCCAGAGCUACAGAGAAGCAUAGUCUCAGUGAUCUCUAUCAAACUUUGGAGAAUUAUAAAACUAUAGAAAACUGUAUCAUCACAAAUGGCCAUGUCUUAUGGCUUUUAUUUCGCUCAAAAAAGGUUAAGUGUACAGAAGUGGCAAGGCAAUUACAAGCUGAACUAAACCAACAAUCUAAUCCUCCUGUAUAUAGCACAAAAACAUUGGUGGCUAAAAUAAGUAAAUGUUAUCAACAAUUUAGUACAUUUAAGAAAAAUUUAAGUCGUUUAUCAUAUUGGUUGAAUAUUUUAAAAUAUUUAGGGAGUGAAUUUGUGGUUAAUAGUAGGCCUAAAAGAUGGGCUAAACAUUCAAGACAGAUUGACUUAUUAACCGAACAAUUAGGCACUCCAGUUACUGACAUGAGACUUGAUUGUGAGAAAUGUUCCUUAAGCAGAACUUCCAACCAGAAAUUCUCCAUGGAGGUUGAACAAGUGAGAAAAAAGAUUUUAGAGGUUAAGAAAGAGACUGAUCAAAUUCAGAGGGAGUACUCACCACGUGUGGUCAAGCAGAAACUCAAGAGGUUGGAAGAACGCAUUAACAAGAAAAAUGUGGAAUUAAAAGACUUACAAAAGCUAAGCCGCACUCAAAGUAGGAAAAUUUUUCAGCUGGAAAAGAUAAAAGAGAAACAAAAAAUGAGAUUAAAAUUUGUAAAGAGUAGGUAUUUAAAAUUGUGUGCUGAAAGAUUAGCAAAGAAUAUUGGGGAACAUAGUUAACUUAUAAAUGAUAAUUCACUAGAGAUGGCGUAAUGGAUGGGACUUACACAGUGAAACAUAAGACAAGUGUACAUUCCAUAUCUCCUAUUACUAUGUUAUUAAACUAUUUGUUUAAACUUG